GGCAUCCCUAGUGCACAAUGAGGGUAUCAUUUAACAGUCACCAUACUGUACAAAUCCUGACACUCUAAUAAGUGAUAUGGCAGCAUACGAUAAUGAGCAAGAUCAUGUUUUCAUAUUGAAUAUUUUACUAACGUUGGCAUUUCCUGCAUAACAUCGUACCUCUGUGCUUCGCAAAUCCCUCUAUGCCUAGCCUCUCCAUGCGGACAUGUUCGUCAUGCUUUUAAGCAUCGAUGAGCGCUUUUCCGCUACAUCUAUGGAUUAGUGCACAGUGGCAAACAAACGUUUCGGUUGAUGAGAAGAACACUGAUAAUGAUGGCUCCGAAACACAGUGUGGGAUACAUUGAUGUGAACAACAGUCUUUUCCAAUUUUAUGACUAGUCUAAAAGAAGAAUAUCGAGAUAACAAGAAACUACCUUACACGCUUAAAGAACUACCUGAGAUUUCUCAAUAUCAUUGUUUUUGUUUUAUUUUGUAAAAGAAUGAUUAUUUUUUGUCAAGAUGCAAGGGUUGAUUGACUUUGUAUUUUUUUUACUGAUUUCUUUUGCGGGUUGUGGUAUGAUCUUGUGGGCCCUAACGUUUACAAGGUGCAGACAUACUAAGAAAGGGUUUUCGUGCGGUAAAAAAUACUCAAGAGACUGAAAAAAUGCUUUACGCAUCUCAAUUCAGGCGCAUGAAGACGACUAUUUGGCAUCUGAUUUUUCUCUCCGAUUUGUUGAUUCGUGUGAAAAUUGAAGAAAUGGGAGAAUAUUCGAUCUCUCAGAAUUAUAUUUAGUAGACUUGUCUGGAAGCAAAUGUGAUAAAUUAGCCAAUCUAAAGUGAUCAGUCUACUGUGACGAGUCGUGUUGCUUCACGUUAAUAAUGUUUCGCAAGGGAUAUGUUGCCGCACAGUUAUAUUAAGAGUAUUGAAUUUGAAAAAGGUACAGGUGCAAAUAUUUCUGGUGCUGAGGGUGUGCAAAUGAAAUUAGAAAGGUGGGAGAAAUAUUUACAAGAUCUUCUUUGGCUCACAUCCCUCCGAUUUAUUCGUGGGAUAUUCUGUACUAAAUUAUUUCAUGCAUACUUUAAGGUACCAAAGCAAUUCUCUCAAUCCUUAAUAGAUUUUUUGAUGCAAUGCAAAUCAGGAAUAAAGUUAACAUUAUCAUACAGGUAUCAAAUGACACAACCUCAUGUCUCGUACACAAUGGCGGAUAUUAAUUUACCCAGCUAUUCUAGAGAACAUAUAUCUGGUACUCAACAAAAAGAGUAUUUUUCCAUAAAUUCAGACAAUACUAAUAAAUGGAACUCACCUUCGACAACUCCUACUGCUAAAAGUAGCUUGUAUAAUGCAGAAUUGUCUCCAUUGCCAUCACAGCCUCGAAAUCACCCUUCACUUCCUCGGCGAACCCCCACAUCGGCUUUGAGUCUUGAAAGAAGUGUGGCGAACCACGCAAUACAACAAACACCCUACUUGUCCUAUGCGGUUGCUUCAGGAGCUACAUCAGCUACCUCACUAGUGACACCUAAACGGAAAUGUUCCCUUAAUGACAAGAUUCUGUCGGAAAGUCUUCCCCCCUCCUUCCAAAAGAGAACCAAUCUGUUAAAGAGCCUUAGGGGUGACACACCCUCCAAAAAUCCAAGCCUUUCUACAGCGCAUCAUCCUAUCGGCUUGACUGUUAAUAGCCGUUUUGUAAAGACUUCUAAAGUCGAGUCACUGCUCACAUUAUUGCCGUAUUUUGUGAAAUUACCAUGCAAUGAACAACUAUCUCAUAGAAGUCACUUUCCCAUUCGUCGCAGAGGCAAUAAAUGUAAUAUCGGAUAUAAAAGCCGCUCUACCAGUGUAUCUCUUCCAUCAUAUGAAGCACAAUUAGACAAGAAACAAAAAACCAAAACGCAUUCUCCGAAUGAAAGUUUCUGUUUGGAGCCAAAAGCUCGAGAACAACAUCGUAAUGAACGUGCUUUAUUGCAGGAAAAUUACCCAGAUCAAAUUUAUCCAUCAUCACACCUUGCGCAUGACCAAGCUUUCCAUGGUAGAAUGAACCUUAAACCAUCAUAUCAAACCUUGCCAAGUUCAUAUAAAAGCAAAGAGCAUUACAACUGUGGUCACAAAUUGAAAAUAAAGGAUGCCAAAGGAAAUAAGGAAGUUAUCCAGGCAGAUCAAAGCAGAAGUGAACCCAGUUACAACAAUAAAUAUGGCGUAGAAAAUUCUUUCCCUAGGGUGUCAAAAAAAGGAACAAAUUCAAAAAUUUCAUUGCUUAAUAGGAAUAUUUUAGAAAUCAAACAACCUUGUACCUCAUUAAAUAAAUCUUUAAUGAGAGAAAACAUAAAGACGAACAAAGAUCUGCUUGUUGAAAAACCUAUGGAUUCAAGCGCUAGAACGUGCUCUGGCUCACUCAGUAUUUCCAAAUUAACAAUAAAUUCAUACACGAAACGUAAUGUGCAUGUGGAAGAGAUGACUUUCAGUAUACGAGAAACAGAUCCUUUAUGCGGAAGAACAUUAGAUAAAAUCACUUUAGACUCAGAGCCUAGGGAAGAAAACCCAACUCACAAAAAAAGCACACAUUAUCUGCAAAGUGCAGGCACGGCAUUAGGAGGGGAUUAUCUGCACCAGGGCUAUGAAUCAAUGACUGCAUUCUUAGAUAGAGCAAGUUUAAUAACGACACUCACCCCACAACUAAAGUACCUCACCGGGGAAAGAGUAACAAUGAGCACCGUACCAUUGCUAAACUCGAUGCUGCAAGAAAACGAACGCCUCUAUCCAUUAGUAUAUUUACUGCAUCGGAAUGUCAAACUUCAACAAAGUUUGAUGGGAGAAGAGCUAAUAGAACGAAAUACAUUAGAAAUGAAAGAAAGGCAGUCACGCAAACAUCUCAUACGCGGCAUGGCGCCGCAUUUCCCGCUGACCCCCGAUCGAACGGCGCGACUGAGCUCUAGCAUGGUGCGGGGGAGGCUAUCCUCGCCGCAUACCACAGGCCGAACGGCACCUUCUAGUCGGGGAGCCCACCCUGCCCGAAUGGCGCUCGACACCCCCACUCACAGUACGAGCGAACCGGAAGAUCCCAUUCGAAAGCAAGUGGCUCCGACAUUGCACCCGCCCUCACUUUCGCUGCAUGUCUAG